GCGUGUGCGACCGUCAUGUUUACUUCAUGAAAAUACGUGACGCGCGCGAAAGGACGAAGGGGCCGAGGACUUGGAGCGACGAUUCCUGCGUCGAUCGACUUCUUGCCGCGUUAUCGUCAUGUCGAUCAGGCCGCUUUGGCCCGAUUUGCGACCGCGGGCGACCGAUCCGCUGUGGUUCAACGCCGACCGACCGUGUGACGACGAGACCGAAGUCGCCGCUCUCGAAGCGGAGCACCAGGCCUGGAGAGAUCAUGUGCGGGUGCAAGGGUACGAGCACAUCCCAAUCGGGAAGACAGUGAGCGACUUCAGAGGAUCAGAGGGGGAGGAAGAGGAGGAGGAGGAGGAAGAGGGCGAGGGUGAAGAGGAAGACGAAUCGGACACCCACGAGGAGGAGGAGGAGGAGCUCGAUGAGAUUGACAUGGAAGUCAGUUAUUCUCAUCAUCCGCAGAGGUCCAGCCCGACAGAUACGGUGACCGCUCCCGUGUCCAUCAGGAUGGUCAACGCAUCGAACUUGACCCGUUAUUCUUAACUUAAUAUUUUCACGUGUCAAACGUAUCACUUAAUUACUUAAUUAUCUGCUAAUCUCUAUAUAACUAUGGCGACAUCGCGUUCUAUUUCUAAUUCUAUCAUAAAUUAUUUAUUAGAAUCAUAUUAGAGUCAUGUCGAUCGAUAACAUGAAUAAAGGCCUAGUAUUUGUUCCUUU